AGACAUAGUAAAGGGGAAGUCUAUCCACAUUAAAAUAAACCAACCAAUGAAUUUCAGCAGAGUACUCCCCUUCCUUUUUAUAUAUUAAAUUAAAUAAAAAUUAGAUAAACUCCGAUCUCCAUCAUACUGCUGACGUCACUCCUUGUCAUCUUCAUCUUCUUCAACACUCUCUCUUCUUUCAACUCCAUCAUUUCAUUCAUUGAAGUUGUUCAUCAAUUAAUUGGACCCUCCAAUCAAAUCAGAAACUUUUUAUAAAAAAUGGAAGCUGCUGUUGAAGCUAAAUCUUGUACUUCUUAUGGCAAACCCCCUUGGAGAUUCACAGGCAGGGCUCUGUAUCAAUUCCAUUUAGUGAAGGCGGAUGUCGCCCGAGCUCUGAUUCCCAAAGAGUUCAGAUUAGUUGAAGCUUUUGGAUAUACACUUGGUGGAUUCUUUCUUGCUAACUAUGAUCAUAGUCCUGCUGGAGUCUUUGAUGAGUUAGUGGUGAUUGCGGGGAUUGUUUGGAACCCACCGACAUCUUGCGCAUGGGCAUCCAAGGUUCUUGUUAACAGCAACGAGGCAUGCCUUCAUGGAAGAAAGGAAGUGGGACUUCCAAGCCAUGUUGCUAGGUUUACAAAGAGAUUCGCAGCAGAUGCAAGGGCAGAGGAAAGCAGAGGCAAUCGCUUCCUAAACAUGAUUGGUUUAGGUCAUACCAAACCUAGUUCAAGGUUUCAUUUGGAUACUGAAGUAACUGAAAUAAGUGGCUCGUCAGCUACAGCUGAGAAGUUCAGUAUCAACCUCCUAAGUUCUGUGCCUGAGGAGAAUUCCAAAGCAUGGUUGGGUCCGUUCAUCAACUUGUCACUUCCAAGCUUUAGUGGACGUACAGAACAUAAUCCCAACCUUAUCAAGUAUUCUUGCCAAAUGGAUUGCAGGGUGCGUGUAGUACAGCCACUUCAAAUAUCCAGGCCAUCUCCUAUUACUGAUCACAGGACUGGACAUCAGGCUGCUGUAGACCAGAAUUCAGAUUCUGCACUUCAAGCUGUGGAAGUUACCUCAGAAUUAAGAAGACGUUUAAGUCUUUCAGUGAUGUUAUCAAAACCGAUACUGGCUUUGGAAUUUAACUGUUUGAAUAUGAAUGUUGAAGAUCCUCUAGUCAUUUCUCAUUGAAAUGCACCUUGUCUGUAA